AUGUUUGAGGACGAAGACAAGCACCGCAUCUGCAGCUCGUGCGUCGCCAAGGCUGGCAAGCGCAAAGCGGCACCAGCUGAGGGUGCUGGGGCGGAACCAUCUAAACGCCCGGCGAAGAAGAUGAACGGGGGGAGCAAGAAGGGCUCUCACGCGGGUUCUCGUGCGCGGCCGGACAUCAAUCGGAAGCUCGAGAUCCUCAAGCUGCUGGAUGCGAAGGUGUCUCACGCACAGAUUGCAGACCACUUCAAGUGCUCUGUUCGGGUUUUUGGGACCGUGAAGGCUGGCCGGCAGAAGGUGGAGGAAGCAGCUGCUGCAGGCGGCGGCAACCAGAAAACCGCACGCAAGGGAGGUUUUCCGGAGGGCAGUGGCGAUGAGAACCCGGGCCGCGAGCGCCGUGCCCCACCGGGUUAUGAAGAACUGUUGUCUCAACUGGGCGUCCUGGAAGUGGCAGCAGAGGAGGGUGGCAACAGAGACGCGGCGUUAUACCUGACGAAAGCGAAGAUGUCCAUGAUCGCAGCGCACGCCCCUAAGCAAGGGCGCCACGCAGACAUGCGAGAAUUUGUCGUGACGGAGUGGGGGCAGCGGGAUGUGCAGUACCUCGGGCGCUCCCUGAGCAAGAGACAGCAGAUGUCCCGGUGGGCGCGCCGCCCGCUGCAGAGCGCUCAGGUCAAUUACGCGGCGUGCGACGCCCUAGUUGCGCUGAGGGUUUUCGAUGCUCUCUUGCUCGCGAUGGGGUCGGUGGAUGUGCGCGAGCUUUGCACUACCUGGACACCCAGAAGUUACUCGUGA